AUGACCUCCGCCGGCAAGCAGACCGAGCCCGACAAUACGAAAGGCCGCCUCUUCGUGCAAAACCUCCACUCCAAGAAGUUUGCGGUCGACCUUUCUCUCCGCGACAAAGUGAGGGACGUCAAGGCUCAGAUCCGCCACCACUGGGGACUCGCUGAACACACGCAGGCGGUCAUUUUUGCCGGGAAGCAAAUGACCGAGGAUGAUCGCAUGUUGUUUGAGUAUGGGCUUGAGUUUGGGAGCAUUAUGUACUUGGUUUGUCCGCUUCCUGGAGGAGUUUGA